AUGUACGUUCUCGAAUAUUCCGAAGAUUUUGGAGGUCCUGAAGAUGACUUCGCAUUCCAAAGAACCACCAUAGUCUAUGAAAUGUCCGGCUCAAUCUACAGAGCGUAUUCACGCAAGAGAUAUGCAUCAAAAGAAGAGAUCCAUUUUGGUGACAUGUUCAGUACCAACAAGAUCCAAGGUGCUCUCAUUUUCCCGGAAUUCUCGGACAAAUUCACAAAGGCAGAAAGGCCCUUGGAUUGUUCGACCUGGUAUCUGAAAAAGCCAAGCCUUUCACCUUACAGUCCCCAGUACCCAGCCCUGAUCAGAGAAACCUGGAUUGAAGAAGUCAGGACCUGCGAACUUCUAAAUAAAAAUCCGCAUCCGAAUAUCGCCCAAUACCAUGGCUGCGCCGUCGUCAACGACGGCUCAAUCAGAGGCAUCUAUUUUACAAAGUAUGAUGAAACUCUUAUGGCCAGAGUGAACCCUACCAGACGCAACAAGAUAGACUUCGCGUAUGAGAGGUGCGAGGCUGACCGAGACGAGGUUGAUCGUUGGGUGGAGGGAAUUGCACGGGGGUUGAAGCAUCUCCAUGGGUUGGGGAUUGUCCAUAAUGAUAUCAACCCGUGUAACAUCAUGUUUCAAGGCGAUGCCCCUGUCAUUGUUGAUUUUGACUCUGCUCGGCCUCAUGGUCAUGAUUUGAGCCUGGUUAAACGCACGCAUGGGUGGCAUAAUGAGAAGACCAAGGUGGCUUUGCCGAUGAAUGAUAUUGCAGCGCUACUGGAAAUACAGUCGUGGCUCUUGGGGGAGAUUGACCAGUUUCAAUUUUGA